AUGAAUAUACCACCAGGCUUCCCCCACCAACCACCCCAGCCUACACCUUCGCAAGAGAAUGAGCUCAAGGCAAUGCUAAAACAACUGCUUCAAGGGCAAGCUGAUGGGGUAGUGGACACAACAAGGACAACUACCUGUAAAGCUAUUCAGAAUCCCAAGGAACAGUGCAAGGUCAUCUUCACUCAAGAAAGACUUGUUCAAGAGGAGGAUCAAGAGAGAGUCAUUGAAGAGUUUUGUUUACUGCUGAAUGAUGAUGAGAUUGUUGCUGCUGAGGCUCCUGGAGUCCAGAUUGAUCAACCAGAAGUGCAGGCACCUACUGUGGUCCUUCACACUUCACCAGUUGAGCUCGCACAACAAGCUCGAUCGAGCCCGACGUCUACUGUACCAAGACCAAUUUUGCUUGAUCCCUACCAACCGGUUGCCACAUCCUCGUCUCACCUACUUAGUCAAGGUCACAUUCACAAGUUCAGAAGAGAUCUCAGUGGGAUUAGAAUUGAGUUGCCUCCUAUGGAAAGCAUGAGUGAGGCAUUUGAUCAAAUGCAAAUGGUCAAGGAUGUUCUAGCCAACAGUGAUAAUGUUUGUUCUGGACAAGACCGCCACCAACAGAGACAAGGGAUUGUUCCACCACCAGUGCAGAACCACAACUUUGAGAUCAAGCUGGGAAUGAUCAACCUUGUCCAGAACAAGAUGUUCCAUGGAUUGCCAAGUGAAGACCCCAUUGACCACCUUGAUGAGUUUGAUAGGCUUUGUGAUUUGACAAAGAUCAAUGGUGUCUCUGAAGAUGCCAUCAAGCUGAGACUCUUUCCUAUGUCUCUAGCUGACAAAGCUCACCAAUGGGAGAAGAGCUUGCCCCAUGGCACAAUCACCACUUGGGAUGAAUGCAAGAAGGCCUUUCUUGCUAAGUUUUUCUCCACCGGUCGCACAGCCAAGCUUAGAGGAGAGAUAUCCAGCUUCAUCCAGCGAAACAAUGAGACAUUCGCAGAGGCUUGGGAGAGGUUCAAAGGCUACACAAGUCAGUGCCCACACCAUGGAUUCAACAAUGAAUCACUACUCUCCACUCUUUAUAGAGGAUGCUUGCCUAGGUAUAGGGAGAUGCUAGACACAGCUAGCAAUGGGAACUUCCUCAACCAGGAUGUAGAUGAUGGCUGGCAACUUGUGGAGAACAUAGCUAACUCAAAUGGAAGCUAUGGAGAAGAGUAUGAUCGCACCAACCGGAGCUCGACCCACCACUCGAUCGAGUCAGACGAAAAGUUGAGAAAAGAUGUUAAGGCAUUGAAUGAGAAGUUGGAUAAGCUGAUCCUAGCUCAGUCCACAAUGAAGAAAGUCAACUUUGUGUCUGCUGAGGAGAUGGAACCAGUCCAAGAAGGGGAGGAUACACAAUUUGCUGAGGUGUGCUACAUGAGCAAUGGGCAAGGAGGUUACAACAAAGGAUACUAUAAUUACAAGUCCAACCCUGCCAUGUCAUACCGCAACACUGAUGUUGCUAACCCUCAGGACCAAGUCUAUCCUCAACAACAAGCAGCUCGAUCGAGUCAAGGCUUCCCCCACCAACCGCCCCAGCCUGCACCUUCACAAGAGAAUGAGCUCAAGGCAAUGCUAAAGCAACUACUUCAAGGGCAAGCUGAUGGGGUAGUGGACACAAGCAAGAAGCUAGCUGAAAUAAACUCCAAGAUCGAGAACCUCAACACAAGGGUUUACUCUCUGGAGAAUCAUGCUUCUUCUGUUGCUGCUGCUACAAAGCAAGGACAACUACCUGGUAAAGCUAUUCAGAACCCCAAGGAACAGUGCAAGGUCAUCUUCACUCAAGAAGGACUUGUUGAAGAAGAGGAUCAAGAAAGGGUCAUUGAAGAUUUUUGUUUACUGCUGAAUGAUGAAGAGAUUGUUGCUGCUGAGGCUCCUGGAGUCCAGAUUGAUCAACCAGAAGUGCAGGCACCUACUGUGGCCAUUCACACUUCACCAGUUGAGCUCGCACACAAGCUCGAUCGGCAGCUCGAUCGAGUCCAACUCUAG